CUUCAGGAGAGUGCGGCCCCUUUAAGGACUUGCCCUGAAAAUAGCCUUUGGAAUCCUGAGGUUUGUAGCUCUGAAGUGGAUCAUUCUCCUUUGUACUACAAAACCUAGGACCUGGCUGUGAGAAGUUCAGGGCCUGCUCCACUGAGGUUUCCAGCAACCUGCUCUCCAGCUGACUGGCUUACCUGUGAUCCCUGACCUCAGUCAUCAUGCCCCGGGGACACAAGAGCAAGGUGCGCGCUCAAGAGAAACGCCGCCAGGCCCAAAGUGAGACCCAGUUUGUCCAAGAUGCUCCGGCUGCAGGGGCACAGGGCGGGGAGGCCCCCUCCUGCUCUGCUCUCUCUGCAGGUGCUGCUGCCAGUUCCUCUGUGGCUGGCCUUCCCCAGAAGUCACAAGGAGCUGCACCUACUAGUAGUUCUGCUGGAGCUGCUACACCCAAAAAGUCUGGUAAAGGUGCCAAGAGCAAGAGAAAGGAAUGGACAACUUUCCCUAUGCCCACAAUUCCCACCGAGAGCUCAGAAAAAGAGCUCCUAAUGAGGAAGUCAGGAAUGUUGAUGCAUUACCUGCUGUACAAGUAUCAAAUGAAGGAAAAGGUAAUGAGGGGUGAAAUGCUGACGAUUCUCAACAGAAAGUUACGACAACGAUUCUCUGAGAUCCUACAGUUAACCUCUGAGUGGGCAGACCUGCUUUUUGGCCUUGAGCUGAAGGAAGUCAAGCCUGGUGGUGGUUCGUACACCCUUAUCAAAAAGUUCAGUGACUCCAAAUAUGGGAGACCUGUCAGUGGUUUGGACAUCCCCAUGAAUGGGCUUCUGAUGCCUCUCCUUGGGGCUAUCUUCUUAAAAGGGAGGUCUGCUUCUGAAGAAGAAAUCUGGGAAUUCUUGAACAUGAUGGGGAUCUAUGAUGCAAAGCAGCACAUAAUCUUCGGUGAGCCACGCAAGUUCAUCACCAAAGAUCUGGUGCAGAAAAAGUUUCUGGUCUACCGCCAAGUGCUUCACAGUGAUCCUCCACGCUAUGAAUUUCUGUGGGGCCCAAGAGCACAUGCUGAGAUAAGCAAGAUGAAAGUCCUGGAGUUUUUGGCCAAGGUUAAUGAAACUGUCCCUACUGCCUUCCCGAUCCAUUAUGCAGAGGCUUUGAGAGAUAAGCAACAGAGGGCCCAAGCCAAAGCUGCAGCCAGCAAUGGAACUGCUGCUCAGUCUAUUCCAGGUCCCAGGGGAACCUCCACCACCUAAACCCCCAUAUGAGAUGGGAGGCUGAAUCUUCCUUUUGCUUCAGUAAAAGCCUUUUUAGCUUAUAUCUAGUUAGAGGUUAACAUGGGGCUAGAGAAGUCAUUAUGUAUUCCUGUGUGCAUCUGUCACAUUGGCAUCUGUUAAAUAAAUUCUUCGACUGGCACAUUAGUUCAUAUUGAGAACCCAUG